GAAUGCGACCGGCACUCGCAUUGUCGACGGUCGUCGCGUUCGCUCGUGCGAGCCAAAGCGACUUGGACGAAUGGUUUAAGAAAUUUGGUGCCGAAGCGACCACCAACAACCUGCUGCCGAGGAUCCACGGCGCCAGCACCGAAGCAACCAACAACGAGCUCUUGAUUGAACGACUGAACGCGACCAAGUCGGUCAUCACCCGGCUGCAAGCCGAGAACCCGAACGCAACGUUCGGGAUUGGGCCCUACGCGCUCUUGACGUCAGGCGAGUUUGCUCAGCGCCUCGGGCUGGCGGGAAUACCACCGCCACCGGUGGCCGCGACGCCAACACCAACCGCGACGCCAGCGCCACCGAGUGCGUCGGUCGACUGGACGACAUCCAAGUGCCUCAAUCCGGUGAAGAACCAAGGUCAGUGCGGCAGCUGCUGGACGUUUGCAGCCACAGGUGCCGCCGAGGCGGCGCACUGCAUUGCGACCGGCACGCUUCUCAAUCUCUCGGAGCAACAGCUCGUGAGCUGCGACACGGCCGACGGUUUUGGCUGCAAUGGUGGCUGGGAAACCGGUGCCCUCGACUGGAUCGCGGCCAAUGGUCAAUGCCUCACGGCCGACUACUCGUACACGUCGGGUGCGACGCAGUUGACUGGAGCUUGCCAAACCAUGUGCACGCCCCAGAAGCUCGCCAUUGGAUCGCUCGUGUAUAUCGCGGGUGAGAAAGCUCUCGAGACCGCGCUCGAGACGCAGCCAACGACGGUGGCCGUCUCGGCGGGCAACCCCGUGUGGCAGCACUACGUGGGCGGUCUCGUCACGGCAUGCCCCGCAGCCAUCUCGGACCAUGCGCUUGUCGCUGUCGGGUACGGUACAACCGCGGAUGGGCAGCCGUACUUCAAGCUGCGCAACUCGUGGGGCGCCAACUGGGGGGAGCAAGGCAAUAUCCGCCUCCUCAGAGGUGUCGGCGGCAGCGGAACGUGCAACCUCGCCGAGGCACCGUCAUACCCACGUAUUGUUUACCCAAAGCCACCGACAAGUGCGCCAACAACGCAAAAGCCAACAACCUUGGCACCGACGACCCUAGCCCCAACAAAGACCCCGGCCCCAACAAAGACCCCGGCCCCUACCAAGACCCCAGCCCCUACCAAGACCCCGGCCCCUACCAAGACCCCAGCCCCUACCAAGACCCCAGCCCCUACCAAGACCCCGGCCCCUACCAAGACCCCAGCCCCCACGACACGCGAGCUGACACCGGCUCCCACGACCCCAAAGCCCCCGGCGGUGACGAGCGGAAAACCUUGGGUCCCGUGGCCAGUCCCAACGACGCCAACGCCGCGUCCAUCAUCCAAAUACAUCUAGGGUAGCG